GCUCCAAGGACCCCUGCGCAGAGGUGACCUGCAGCUUUGGCAGCACGUGCGUCCGCUCCGCUGACGGUCAGUCGGCCAAGUGCGUCUGCCCAUCGUCCUGCAACGGCGUGCCCGAGAGCACGGUAUGCGGCAGCGACGGCAAAGACUACCGCAGCGAGUGCGACCUCAACAAGCAUGCCUGUGACAAGCAGGAGAAUGUUUUCAAGAAGUUUGAUGGUGCCUGUGACCCUUGUAAAGGUGUCCUCAACGACAUGAAUCGCGUUUGCCGGGUGAACCCCCGCACCCGAAGAGCAGACCUGCUCUCCCGUCCCGAGAACUGUCCCCCAAAGAGGGAGCUUGUGUGCGGUGACGACGGGGUGACUUAUGACAAUGAGUGCGUGAUGGGGCGUUCAGGGGCCAUCCGGGGACUGGAGAUCCAGAAGGUGCGUUCAGGGCAGUGCCAGCCUCAGGACAAAUGCAAGGAUGAAUGCAAAUUCAACGCUGUCUGCCUGAAUCGCCGUGGCACCGCUCGCUGCUCCUGUGACCGCAUCACCUGCGACGGUGCCUACCGCCCCAUCUGUGCCCGGGACAGCCGGACCUACAGCAACGACUGCGAGCGCCAGAAGGCCGAGUGCCACCAGAAAGCUGCCAUCCCAGUAAAGCACAGUGGACCCUGUGACCUGGGCGCACCCAGCCCAUGCCUGAGCGUGGAGUGCACCUUUGGGGCCACAUGCGUGGUGAAGAACCAGGAGGCUGUGUGCGAGUGCCAGCAGGUGUGCCAGGGCCGCUACGACCCCGUGUGCGGCACCGACAACCGCACCUAUGGCAACCCCUGCGAGCUCGACUCCAUGGCCUGCGUCCUCAAGAGAGAGAUCAAAGUGAAACACAAGGGACCCUGCGACCGUUGCGGCAAGUGCCAGUUUGGGGCCAUCUGCGAGGCGGAGACGGGCAGGUGUGUGUGCCCCACGGAGUGCGUUCCCUCCUCUCAGCCCGUGUGCGGCACGGAUGGCAACACGUACGGCAGCGAGUGCGAGCUCCACGUCCGGGCGUGCACGCAGCAGACGAACAUUUUGGUGGCUGCCCAAGGAGACUGCAAGUCCUGCGGCAGCACGGUGUGUUCCUUCGGCAGCAAGUGCGUGGGUGGGCAGUGCAUGUGCCCCCGCUGCGAGAGGCAGCCCUUUGCUCAGGUGUGCGGGAGCGACGGCCGCACCUAUGCCAACCGCUGCGAACUGCAGACGGCCUCCUGCCAGCAAAAGAAGAGCAUCGAGGUUGCCAGGAUGGGCCCGUGCGAGGACGAGUGCGGCUCAGGGGGCUCAGGCUCCGGCGACGGUAGUGAGUGCGAACAGGACCGAUGCCGGCAGUACGGGGGCUGGUGGGACGAGGAUGCAGAGGAUGACCGCUGCGUGUGUGACUUUACCUGCCUGGCAGUGCCACGCAACCCGGUGUGUGGCUCUGAUGGUGUGACCUACACCACCGAGUGUGAGCUGAAGAAGACACGGUGUGAAAAACGCCAGGAUCUCUAUGUCACUAGCCAAGGAGCCUGCCGUGCCCUUGCCACAACCCCACCGCCUCUCCUGGUUGUGCACUGCAGCCAGACCAUCUAUGGAUGCUGCCCAGACAACAUGACCUUGGCGCUCGGCGUGGGUGCAGCUGGAUGCCCAAGCACCUGCCAAUGCAACCCCUAUGGCUCCUAUGGGGGAGCCUGCGACCCCGCAACGGGGCAGUGCUCCUGCAAGCCAGGCGUGGGGGGCUUGAAGUGCGACCGCUGCGAACCCGGCUUCUGGAACUUUCGUGGCAUUGUCACCGACAGCAAGAGCGGCUGCACGCCCUGUAACUGUGACCCGGUGGGUUCAGUGCGUGACGACUGUGAGCAGAUGACCGGACUGUGUUCCUGCAAAACUGGUAUCACUGGCAUGAAAUGCAACCAGUGCCCCAACGGCAGCAAACUGGGCAUGACUGGCUGUGAGAAAGACCCGUCAGCCCCAAAAUCCUGCGAGGAAAUGAGCUGCGAAUUUGGGGCCUCGUGCGUGGAAGUCAACGGCUUUGCCCACUGCGAGUGCCCAUCCCCGCUCUGCUCGGAGGCCAACAUGACCAAGGUGUGUGGCUCUGAUGGUGUCACUUAUGGGGACCAGUGCCAGCUGAAGACCAUCGCCUGCCGACAGGGACAGGUCAUCACGGUGAAGCAUGUGGGGCAGUGCCACGAGUCCAUCACUCACACAAGCCACACCUCACCACCUACACCUCUGCCCACGCUGCCCUUGGACAAAUUAAUCCUUCCUCCACCGCUGCGACUCACCACCCAGGCUCCAGAACCCACCGAGCUGGCUACCAGCUCCCUGCUGUUGGAAGCCAGACCUACUGAAAGAGGUCACCCUACAACAAGACGCAUCACGACUGCCAGACCAGCCACUACACCGUGGAUGACUCACGGGGCGUAUAAGACCACCGUCCGCCCUCUCUCCACUGCACCAGUGGUCCUGGCCACCACCCAGCCUGCCUACGUUGGAUCAGGCAGCGCAGAAGGCAGUGGAGACCAAGAGAUGGGCAUCAGUGGAGACCAGGAAUCUAGUGGGGCAGGCUCUGCCGGGGAAGAGGAGGUGGAGGAAAGCCAGGUAACUUCUACCCCAGCCAUCGAGAGGGCAACGUGUUACAACACCCCGCUGGGAUGCUGCUCUGAUGGCAAGACUGCGGCUGCUGAUGCAGAAGGCAGCAACUGUCCGGCUACCAAAGUUUUCCAAGGAGUCCUCAUCUUGGAGGAGGUGGAAGGCCAAGAGCUGUUCUACACACCUGAGAUGGCUGACCCCAAGUCAGAGCUCUUUGGGGAGACAGCCAGGAGCAUCGAGAGCGCGUUGGAUGAGCUUUUCCGCAAUUCUGAUGUUAAGAAGGAUUUCAAGAGCAUCCGUGUCCGAGACCUGGGGCAGAGCAGCGCUGUCCGUGUCAUUGUGGAGUCCCACUUUGACCCAGCCACUUCCUACACGGCCGCUGAUGUCCAAGGGGCCCUGCUGAAGCAGAUCAAAGCUUCCAAGAAGAAGACCAUCCUGGUGAAGAAGCCCCAGCAGGAGCACGUCAAAUUCAUGGACUUUGACUGGAUCCCCAGGCUUUUCACCACCACUGUAACCACAACCACAGCCACCACCAUGGCACCCGCUACCACCCGGCGGCACACACCCACAGCCACCCUCCCCGCCACCACCCGCCGUAAGCCCACGCGCCAGCCCCCCACCACAAAAAAACCCUUGCGACCCUGUGACUCUCACCCCUGCCUGCACGGUGGCACCUGCGAGGACGACGGGAAGGACUUCACCUGCAGCUGCCCGGCGGGCAAAGGAGGAGCCGUCUGUGAGAAACCUAUCAGGUACUUCAUCCCCAGCUUUGGUGGCAAGUCCUACCUGGCCUUCAAGAUGAUGAAGGCGUACCACACCGUGCGCAUCGCCAUGGAGUUCAGGACGGUGGAGCUCAGCGGGCUGCUGCUCUACAACGGGCAGAAUCGUGGCAAAGAUUUCAUUUCCCUGGCACUGGUUGGCGGCUUUGUGGAGCUCAGGUUUAACACUGGCUCCGGCACGGGCGUCAUCACCAGUAAGGUCCGUGUUGAGAGUGGGCCCCGUUGGGUGUGAAACCGCAACCGCCGCAGUGGGAUGCUGUCGGUUGAUGGGGAGCCCCACGUCAGCGGGGAGAGCCCGACGGGCACCGAUGGGCUUAACCUUGACACGGACCUGUUCAUCGGGGGAGCACCUGAGGACCAAAUGGCCGUGGUGGCAGAUCGUACCGCGGCUACAACCGGCCUGAAGGGCUGCAUCCGCCUCCUGGACGUGAACAACCAGAUGUACGACCUGCGGGAGAAAGGCAGUGAUGUGCUGUAUGGCAGCGGGGUGGGCGAGUGCGGCAACGACCCCUGUCACCCCAACCCCUGUCACCAUGGUGGCAUCUGCCACGUCAAGGAGGCAGAGAUGUUCCACUGCGAGUGUCUCUACACCUACACCGGCCCAACGUGUGCCGACGAGAGGAAUCCCUGUGACCCUUCGCCCUGCCACGUCUCUGCCACCUGCCUGGUGCUGCCGGAGGGAGGUGCCUUGUGUGCCUGUCCCAUGGGCCGGGAAGGAGACUUCUGCGAGCUAGUGACAGAGCAGGACCACACCAUGCCUUUCCUCCCGGAGUUCAAUGGCUUCUCCUACCUGGAACUGAAUGGGCUGCAGACCUUCGUUCCUGACCUGGAUAAAAUGUCCAUGGAAGUUGUGUUCCUGGCCAAGAACCCCAGCGGCAUGAUCUUCUACAACGGCCAGAAGACAGAUGGCAAAGGGGACUUUGUCUCUCUGGCCUUACACGAUGGUUACCUGGAGUACAGAUACGACCUGGGCAAAGGGGCGGCUGUGCUCAGGAGCAAAGAGCCAGUUCCCCUCAACACCUGGAUAAGUGUCUUGUUGGAGAGGAACGGACGCAAAGGGGUAAUGAGGAUCAACAAUGGCGAGAGGGUGAUGGGAGAGUCACCGAAAUCCCGUAAGGUGCCUCACACCUUCCUGAACCUGAAGGAGCCAUUUUAUGUGGGGGGAGCCCCUGAUUUCAGCAAGCUGGCUCGAGCAGCCGCCAUCUCCACCCGCUUUGAUGGAGCUGUGCAGAGGAUCUCCAUCAAGGGGGUGCCUGUGCUGAAGGAGCAGAACAUCCGCAGCGCCAUCGAGAUCUCCCCCUUCCGAGGCCACCCCUGUACCCAGAAACCCAAUCCUUGCCAGAACGGAGGCACUUGCAGCCCCCGGUUAGAGAGCUACGAGUGUGCCUGCCAGAGGGGCUUCUCGGGGGCUCACUGUGAGAAAGUGAUCAUUGAGAAGGCUGCUGGAGAUGCAGAGGCCAUUGCUUUUGAUGGUAGGACAUAUAUGGAGUACCACAAUGCCGUGACAAAGAGCCACCUCACCAAUGAGAUCCCCGCUCCCGAAGCGCUGGACUAUCCUGCGGAGCCCAGCGAGAAAGCCUUGCAAUCGAACCACUUUGAACUAAGCAUCAAAACAGAAGCCACUCAGGGACUGAUCCUGUGGAGUGGGAAGGGGCUGGAGCGAUCGGACUACAUCGCCCUCGCCAUAGUGGAUGGCUUCGUACAAAUGACCUACGAUCUCGGCUCCAAGCCAGUUGUCCUACGAUCCACGGUCCCAGUCAACACCAACCGGUGGAUUCACAUCAAAGCGUACAGGGUACAGAGAGAAGGUUCCCUUCAAGUCGGCAACGAAGCCCCCAUUGCUGGCUCGUCUCCGCUUGGUGCAACUGAUGGGGCCCUGUGGCUGGGGGGACUGGAGAAGCUGAGCGUGGCUCACAAGCUGCCCAAAGCCUACAGCACUGGCUUCGUCGGCUGCAUAAGGGACGUGAUUGUCGACCGCCAAGAACUGCAUCUGGUGGAGGACGCUUUAAACAACCCCACGAUAUUACACUGCUCAGCCAAAUAGACCCCCCCCAGAGACCUUUCCUUCUCCUUCCCUCCCUCCUGCCUAUUGCUGUAAUUAUUUUCUAUUUUUGUAAACUUAUUGCUUUUUAUAUUUUGGGGGGGGAGGGGGGAAAGGGAGGGGAGGAAACACCUUUUCUUUUGGGUUUUUUUUUUUUUUGUUCGGUUGCAGUCUAUCCAGGUCGGUCAGACUCUAAUCAAACAGCAGCAACAAAGAACAAACCUUGAACCAAGUCUCCAAGAAGUGACAGAAGAACUUCCCCAUUGCACCUGCAUUGUAAACCUUAUUCAUACUUGAAGCUUCUUUUUGGGUUAUGUUUCCCCCUCCUUACUUGUGUUCUUGGGUUGUUGUUCAUGCCCGUGGGGGGAAAGGAUGCUGGUGCUGGUGA